AGCGGAUUUAGAGAGCAGGGGUGAAUUUCUCUGUCAUUCUCAACCACUUUAUUUCACUUAAAUCUUUCGAGGUCCUAUCUGCAUGAUUAUGUUGACAAUGCGUCGUUCCUUCGUGGUUCUUGUGACUUUUACAAAACUGUUUCCGUUCCGUCACACAGUCCUAUUUGUUUUCACGGUGGUUGUUGUUUAUCCGUUUGUGUUUGGCUGAGUUUUGAGCUCCGGUGGCCCUCCCAGGACAGAUGUUCACUGCUGCAGCCGCAUCAUUACGACCCUGCCUCUGACUCACCAUCACUGUUAUUGUUUUUGCCUGACGUGCAAACGCAGGGACGCGCUGCUGGUGAUGGGAACUCUUUGGGACUCUUUGGCGCAUGAAGGAUCAUCAUGUUUCAUUUUUCCCCAAAGCGGCUGGUAACUAUCACAAACAGAAAGGAUGAGGGAGAUAACUUGUGCUUAAGUUGUCAUAGAUAAUAGAUGUUUAUGCUGUGAUUUUGUUUUUCUUCCUGCUGCAUCUAUUUCGUUUGGAAUACACCUCCGUGCUAAAUUGGCUGGUUUACAAACAUCCAGCAUGUAACCUACUCUUCAAGUAAGUACUUUUCGGUGCCAAACAUUGUUGGGACACUUCAGAAUGCGUGUUGCAGUGGAUCAUUUUGGAUCGACCUAAAACAGACUCAUUUUGUGCUAGAUUCUGGAGAGGACUAUCCGCUCCCUGGAGAAUCUCAGACAUCCUCUGUGAGCACAGAAUUUUAAUUAAGACUCAUUUCACCUUCACUGUGAACGGGGGCUACACGAGACUGUUCGCAACGCGUGCAAGGAUCUGGGUUUUACGCACGGCUGUCAUUACCUCUGCAACUCAGACAGUGAUGAUGGGAGGAAAGGGCAGCGUCAGGGGGCAUGAGGAGUCCCAGACCCGGGGUGCCUUUACCUCUAUGGGCCAGGCGCGGCCCCGUGAAUAACCGCGAGGCGACAGCAUGCCCUCUUGGCUCAACCACUCGGAGUGCAUCUCCCAUAACUGCAGCUGGGAGGAGAUCAACGACACCACAAGGAAUGAUGACCCUGUCCUGCCUCCUCUCAAUUAUUACUCAAUCCCACUCCUCACUGGCAUCACCAUCGCCUGCACGCUGUUGUUUCUGGUCGGGAUGACCGGGAAUGUCAUGACCAUCUUGGUGGUCAGUAAGUACCGGGACAUGCGCACCACCACCAACUUAUACUUGUGUAGCAUGGCUGUAUCAGACCUGCUCAUCUUCCUCUGUAUGCCGCUGGACCUCUACCGCAUGUGGAGGUACAGGCCAUGGCGCCUUGGAGACGUGCUCUGCAAGCUCUUUCAGUUCGUGUCAGAGUCAUGCACCUACUCCACUAUACUGAGCAUCACCGCGCUGUCAGUGGAGCGCUACCUGGCGAUCUGUUUCCCGCUGCGCGCCAAGGCUGUAGUUACAAAAAGGCGGGUGCGCGCCCUCAUUCUUCUACUAUGGACAGUGUCUCUUUUGAGCGCCGGGCCCGUGUUUGUGAUGGUGGGGGUGGAGCGGGAUAGCAUGGGACCACUAAAUAUGAGUUCGGGAAAGAAUGAGACUGGCUCCUCUCUGGAGGGCGAGGACACCCGGGAGUGUAAGAUGACGCACUACGCCGUGGAGUCAGGUCUGAUGGGGGCCAUGGUGUGGUUGAGCUCCGUUUUCUUCUUCAUGCCGGUGUUCUGUCUCACGGUGCUCUACAGCCUCAUAGGCCGCCGGCUGUGGCAGAGACACCGAGAAACAAACAUCAGCUCCCGUGUGGCUCACAGGGACAAGAGCAACAGACAGACCAUCAAGAUGCUGGUGGUGGUGGUGCUGGCCUUUGUCCUCUGCUGGCUGCCGUUCCAUGUAGGUCGCUACCUGCAGUUCCGCUCGCUGGACGCUCCAUCCCCGCUGCUGUCGGUGUUGUCCGAGUACUGCAGCUUGGUGUCGGUGGUCCUCUUCUACCUGAGUGCCGCCAUCAACCCCAUCCUCUAUAACACGAUGUCAUGGAAAUACCGGGGCGCAGCGGCGCGCCUCUUCGGCCUCACCUACAGCCAGCCACCACGUGGGCGCACAGCCAGCACCAUGAAGGGAGACGGCUCGAACGGCUGGACGGAGUCCACAGUCAGCUUCUAAACACACUGCACGACGGUGUGAUAUGAUUUUAUUUAUGUUAUCAAAGGUUGAGAACACCGACCUAAAAGCCAUUAUGUCAAUCAGGCUGAGGAAAAACGUGCAAAACUGUGCACGUGAGCGCAACAUCUGACUGAGACAAAAAGAACCAGGGGAUGAACCACAAGAAGCUGCAAGCUUCCAUCUCCUUUUGUCAACAUGCAUCAAUAGAACUUCGAUUUUUCUUUUUCAAACACUUGGAUUAUUUCAGCAAGUGGCAUCCACGAUUCAUACGACUUCACUCAGCAGCAUUUAAAAAUCAUGCCUGGUGGAGCGCAAAAAUACACACUAGCCUGAAGUGCUUAUAUUGAUCCAAAUGUGAACAAACAACAGGGGAGCACAGGCCCCUAUACCCACAUAUGUAUAAAUAUCAUAGACAUUUACAAUUGCCUUAUAUUGUAUUCAUAUUCUGGAUGACAAAGAAAGCACUGUAGAACUUGUGGCACUGCUCUGUUCUCCUGUAGAG